AUGACUCAGUCAGUACUCCCAGACGAUGUUUUGCAUCUUCUGUGCGAAGAACUUGCCAAUCAAGAACAAUUCGACACGCUCUUUAACUGUGCUUGUGCCAGCCGUGCUCUCGCCGUACCUGCAUUGACUUAUCUGUACAAAUCCCAUCAUCUGGCUCCUGUCCGAGGCGGGGGAGAAGAUCUCUAUGGUUUGCCAGCUGCUACCAAGCUUCUUACGAUACAGAAAUGGUCAAUUCUCUGGCGUUCAAUCGUCGCAUCCAGUCUCGACGUUACACUUUUCCCAUACUGUCGUUACAUCAAGUCAUUAGACUUUCGCGAUCUGGGAUAUCUCCUUGACGAUGAUCAGUUCCGUGCGAAGGUCUCCAAGCAAUUCUUCUCGGGGCCGUUGAAGCAAUUCGAAAAGAUUGAAACAGGGACAAACAUCAAAGGCAGAAAAUACACACGAAUAAAGACGGCGGAUAUAAUCGAUGCAAUUGGCGAAGUGGUUACGCAGCACACUCCAACACUCGAGAUGAUCAGUGGUGAACUACACCCUGGCGCUCUUGUGCGAUGGACGCCCCGCCUUCCUCGCCUCUCAAGCCUCGAACUAUGGGACGGAAAGCCUCUAGAGGAUGAAUUGGUCCACGCGUCCAUCAACAACCAUUGUCCACAAUUUAGAUCUCUUAUGAUCUAUACCUGGGUCUCCGAAGACAAUGAUCACAAGUUCGCCAAGUUCCUUUCCUCGAUGCGGCCAAACACACUCCAGACACUCCAAACGAUCAGCGACGUCAAGGCAGGCGCCGAAACACUCCUGGCUCUCAAUCACCAUGGAAACUCACUCGAAGAUCUGAGACUAUGCGUGUCUAACGAUUCCAUACCGCAUCUGUCGUUACUGCAAGGAUGCACAGCUCUGAAGACACUUCGCAUCGAGGAUAUCCAUGGUACUGUAGACUUGGAAGCAACAGAGCACGAUAUCUUUCUCGAAACAACCGCCUGGUUACGCAAGUGCGCCGGCCUCCAGCGACUUAGCUUCUCGAAAUUGCAAUCCGGAGCCGCACUCAUCACGCCCGUGCUAUUGGAAGAGAAGAUACAACUCAGCAGCCUGGAGAUAGAUUCGUACACACUGAAAGAUCACAAGACGUUUCACCAAGCUCUGGUACACCAACAAUCAUCCUUGAGGGUGCUGUUUCUGAGUGGCGAUACUGAUGGCAUGUUUCGAGACGACUUGGACAUCCUCGUGGACUCCUUAAAACAACUGACAGAGUUGCGGGAUCUGCACCUCAUCCUCCCCGAGGUCUUGCGGGACGAACAUCUUAUCACCAUCAUCGCUGAUCUCACUCUGCUAGAGGAUCUAUACGUCAGCGGUUUGGAGCUAAACGACAUUGUACUACCUCAUUUGGCGAGUCUACCGAACCUUCGCACCGUCACCAUCUCCGGUAUAUCGAAAUUCACCAUGGAUGGUCUCCUAGAUUUUGUAUCAAGGCUGGGACCGGGCAAUCAAGGCAUCCGUCUUUCAGUAGAUAUGGCGGACACGGAUACGCUGCUUUCGGAAGAUGAACUGACCCUAAUAAGAGAUAACCUUGUGGAGAAGGCUGGUGGUACGUUGGAGUACAUGGCACUUAGAGACCCGAACGUUCCUGAGUUUGAAAGCGACUCUGACUGA